AUGUUUUAUUCGCAGUUUAUAUUGGCAAAAAAGGGGCCGCUGGGGACCAUAUGGAUAGCAGCGCAUUUGGAGCGGAAGCUACGCAAGAAUCAGGUUGCUGAUACAGAUAUCGGAGUCUCCGUAGACUCAAUUCUUUUCCCUGAUGUACCAAUUGCACUUCGGUUGUCUAGCCAUCUUCUGCUUGGAGUGGUGAGGAUAUAUUCUCGAAAGGUGAACUACCUGUUUGAUGAUUGCAGUGAGGCUUUGCUGAAGGUCAAGCAAGCUUUUCGCUCUGCUGCUGUGGAUUUACCUCCUGAAGAGUCGAAGGCACCAUAUCACUCCAUCACUUUACCAGAGACAUUUGAUCUUGAUGAUUUUGAACUGCCAGAUAAUGACAUAUUCCAGGGUAAUUACGUCGAUCAUCAUAUUAGUUCAAGGGAGCAAAUUACCCUUCAGGAUAGCAUGGAUGGCAUUGGUUACUCCACAUCAAAGUUUGGAUUGGAUGAGAGGUUUGGUGAUGGUGAUGCUUCUGGAUUGGACCUUGAGGAGGAAUUAUUUUUGGACAAAAUUGGCACUUCAGGACAGGCUGAGGAGAGUGGUGAUCCACAGGCCUCUGUCCAACCGAUGACUCCUCUCAAGCUAGAUGAGCAUCCUCAAGAAAGGACAAAUUCAGAAACCAUGGUUGAUGUUGAAGAUGCUGAAGUUAUGGACUAUGCUCACGCACCUUGUACUCCUGGAUUGGUGGAAGAGCCUAACUUGUCCAAUGUCCAAGAGGCUUCUGCAUGUGAUGACCAUCUGGAGGGGGAAUAUCAUUUAAUGGAAUCUACUGUGAAAGAAAAUGCUAAAAUUGUUACUUCUGAGGGUGGCCUGGAAAAUGAAACAAUAAAGCCACAGGAAGGAGAAUCUCCUUGUACUAAAGCUACUUUGGAGCAUGUGAAUUUGGACAAACCUUCAUCAAUAUCCGGACCAUCUUCUGAUUUAUCUAAUCAAGUAGAAGCUGUAAACCCAGCAUCAGAAUUAGUUGAAAAGAUCACUGAGGCAUCUGUUGUUCCUGCGACAAAAGAUUUGCAGAAUGAAGUUGUUAACAACAAUAAGAGCAACUUUCCCUCAGCAAACGAGCCCAGUGAUGAUCCCCAAGGUCCCAGAGAAAUUGUCUUGGAGGACAGUGAUCAAAAUACUUCUGGUUUGACUGGCACUCAACAAGUCUGCGAAGUUGUAACAUUGACAGAUCAAGCAUUACUUGGGGUAGAAGGUCCUGUUAGUGUGGGAAGUGCAGGUGAGCUGGAUAAACCAUUCUGUGAUGCAUCAGAAGUAGGUGCUAAAAUCCAAGGUUCUGAGAAUCCUGAAACUCUGGCUUAUCAGGAACCUAAACAUUCGAACUUGUUGAACCCUGAUGUUCAUGAAAACAUGGCAGCUACUGAAACUCAGUUUCUCAGGCCAUGUAGUUCCAACCCAGAACAACCUCACAUACCAAAUUCUGGACAUGACAUAUCAAUGAAUCAGGACUUACAAUCUGAUACUGCUACCUUGGGUUCAUUAGAAAUUUCUGGACGAGAGGAGACUAUUAUGCUAGGUGGAGCAUGCCAUAUAACUGAUGAUUCGGAACAAAUUUCAAAGGAAAACCACGUAGAAGAACUUGUUCCACGUGAAGAUGCUCAUGCAGCAUUUAGCAAACUUCACGGUCAAGUGGGUAGCAUAUAUUCAGAGGAUAGGCCAGUGGAUAAUUUAAAUAAUUCUGUGGAAGCUGAUUUACCUGCUCCCGAGAAACUACUGUCAGUAAUAGCAGGCCAAGCUGAUAUACACACAGACAUGCUAGCAGAGGCUAGUCCAAGGGACUUAGUAGGGCUCGAUGAAGAUGAUGCUGGGAGCAAACUAUACUCAGGCAGAAAACGUAGUUUUACUGAAAAUGCAUUGACAGAGCACGGUUUGAAUUCAGUCGAAUCUUCAAGGGCGGUCCGUGCCAAAAGAAUUACAGAAUCUGUUCCUGAUGAUGAUGAUUUGUUGUCUUCAAUUUUAGUUGGAAGAAGAUCUUCAGUUUUGAAAGUAAAGCCAUCUCCUGUUGUUUAUGAGGUAACAUCUAUGAAACGUGCUCGUUCCGCUCCACGCACUGGUGCUGCCAAAAGAAAAGUGCUCAUGGAUGAUACAAUGGUUUUGCAUGGCGAUACGAUACGCCAACAGCUCAUGAACGCUGAGGAUGUUCGUCGUGUCAGAAAGAAAGCUCCCUGUACACGGCCUGAAAUUUCGAUGAUUCAGAAACAAUAUUUGGAAGAUGAAAUUUUUCUUGAACCAAUAUUUACUGGCUUGUCAAUCGAAUUGGCAUCUUUGCACGGUCAAGCAUAUGACUUGAGUAGAAUCAGAAUCUGCCAAAAUGAUAUAAAUGGUGCUUCAUUUGAUACUGUGGCUGAACCCAAUUUCCAUAAUGGCGAAAACAAUGGAAUCAUUGAAGCAGCAGCUGAACCGAGAUUAGCUUCCCAAAAUGAUGAAAAUGUCAUGAACAGGGACAUAAGAAAGGAUGAAGGGUCUGAUGGGCCUAACGGCACAGAGAAAAUAGGGAUGGGAGAAAACACUGAACUUUUGGUAGAAAGGAAUAAUGAAGUGGCUGGACAUAAUGAGAUUCUGGUGGACGAAAACAUGCUGGAGACAUCCAAUGCCGCCAGUGUAAAAGUUAAUAUCUGUCAAGAGCCGAUGUGUCCUACUAAUGAUGGUGUGGAGCCUGAUGUUUCACAGCAGGAUCUUUUGAAGGAUGUAAUUGAACUAGAGACAAGUGAUAAAUAUGCUGAUGCAGUAAAUCCUGCUGUUAAUGAGGGAGUCAUGUCAUCAUCCAUUAUUGAUCACACUUCAGGUGAUACGGAUGAUGCUCCUACUGGUAUGGUUCAGACAGCUUCUUUGAAUGAGACCAGUGAGACAAACUCUUCUGUGAAUGUGGAUGCAGCAGUCAAUUUACCUGAUCAGAAGAUAGAUGCACCCUUUCUUGAGCUGGAUAUUUCAGUGGUGGAUGUGAGCAAUGAUAAGGCAAUUGGUAAAGAUGAAGUUACAGAUAAGGACGGUGAUAUUAUUUUAGAAGACAAAACUGAACCUAGCACAUUGUUUACUGUUCUAUCAGAGGUUUCUGGACAUGGUGCAGCAGUUGAACAGCUACCGGAUUCCAAUCAUGGAGAAUUAGAGUGUAAUGUCCAGAGUGAAACCGAUAAUGGUCCUUUUGGCGAACAGAAGAUGGAAGAUGUUCUGUGUGGCGAACAACCAAUAGGCUCAUAUCCAGCACAAAGCAGUGUGCAUUUGGAAGGUGGUUUCUUGAAGGAUGGUGAAAAUCCAAUUCAGAAGGAAGACUAUCAUCCCAAUAUGACAGAUGCAGAAAUCUCUGGUUUGGACUUGCAUGACCGUGAUAGUUUGGAUUACUUUGCCCCAGUAAAUGACACAGAGUUUCUAAAUGUCGAUGAUGAGGAAUUAGCUGAAAUAGCAGAUGAUUAUAUGCCUCAUGCUGAAGAGUCUCGCUUAACUGAGAACAGUGGGUGGUCUUCACGUACAAGGGCUGUUUCCAAGUAUCUUCAAACCUUGUUUGAGAAGGAGGCAGAUUGUGGAAGGAAGUCACUUUCCAUGGACAACAUGUUAAUUGGUAAAACGCGCAAGGAAGCAUCAAGGAUGUUUUUCGAAGCAUUGGUGCUCAAGACAAGAGACUAUAUCCAUGUAGAACAGAGAAACCCUGUUGAUGACAUUACCAUUAAACCUCGAAUGAAGCUGAUGAAAUCAAACUUCUAG